CACGCAUUUUUUGAAAUCCGUGGCUCUCUGAGCAAACCGAUGUUUUUGCAAUUUUUUAAAAAGGAAAAAGUGUUGAGUUAAAGGUUUUUACCAGCAAUAUCAGGGGAAAUAAUUAUAACACACGAAAGAAGGCCAACGUGGACGCGCUGGCGCGGCCAGCCUGCCUCGGCCACCGGCACGCCCAGCUGCAGCUGCAAGGAAAAGGCAGUCCGCGCCGCCCCGCGCCGAGAGGACGCUGUGAGGUGUGGAACUCGCUCCCUCGGCCACCAAGAGCGCUGACCCACCGCGUCCAGCACCGCAGCCUCCGCCGCUCCGGGAGCGCAUGUGCGUUGGGGGUCCCAGAUGCCCUCCUCUCCCGUUACCGUUGGCAACCCCAGUUGGCUUCCAAAGCGAGCGUGGCGCUAAAAGGCGGGACUUCCUGCUGUGGUAACUAAUGCGCAUGCGGAAGUCGGCCCGUCGCACAGCACUUCCUAUCACGUGAUCUUGAGGACCAAUCAAAGUGCGUAACUGCAGACCCACGUGCCUCCGUUCCCAUUAGCAACCCGAGGCUUCCAAACAGCCAGCAUUCCUGCUAGCGGUCUGCGGUCCAACCGCCGUUGGUGAUCUCCGGCCGGGCACGUCCCCGCCUGCCCUCGCUACUCCUUUAGGCCUCUGACUCCCGCCUGCCGCCAUGGCAGAAUUGGGCCUCAAUGAACACCAUCAAACUGAAGUUAUUAAUUAUAUGCGUUUCGCUCGUUCGAAGAGAGGCCUGAGACUCAAAACUGUGGAUUCCUGCUUCCAAGACCUCAAGGAGAGCAGGCUGGCAGAGGAGACCUUUACCGUGGACGAGGUGGCGGACAUGCUGAGCGGGCUGCAGGCCCUGGUGCACAGUGAGGUGGAGUCCGAGCUCAUCAACACGGCCCACACCAACGUGCUGCUCCUGUGCCAGCUCUUCGAGCAGGCCGAGAGGUGGUACCUCAAGCUGCGGACCGACGUCUCGGAGCUGGAGAACAGGGAAUUACUAGAACAAGUGGCAGAAUUUGAAAAAGCAGAAUUUACAUCUUCAAGAAAAAAGCCCAUCAUAGACAGCACAAAGCCGAAGCUUGUUCCUCUUAACGAAGGCGGAACAGCAGAGCUCCUCAACAAGGAGAUUUUAAGACUUCAAGAAGAAAAUGAGAAAUUGAAGUCAAGACUGAAGGCAAUUGAGACGCAGGCCACAAACGCGCUGGACGAGAAGGCGAAGCUGGAGUGGGCGCUGCAGGCCCUGCAGCUGGACAGGGGAAAGCAAGAGGACUUAGGAAAGGCGCAGGAGCUGAGCGACUUGGAGAACACGGUGGCGGCUUUGAAGAGCGAGUUUGAGAAGACGCUGAGCAGCAGGGCGGAGAACCAGAAGUCCCUGGAGGAGACGCUCGUGACCGCCAAGCACGACCUCCUCCGGGUGCAGGACCAGCUGAGCCUGGCGGAGAAGGAAUUGGAGAAGAAAUUCCAGCAGACUGCAGCUUAUCGGAACAUGAAGGAGAUUCUCACCAGGAAGAACGACCAGAUCAAAGAGCUGCGGAGAAGGCUGGCAAAAUACGAGCCUGAAGAUUAAAACCGGGAGCUGCCUCCGCUCUGGAGCCCCUGCUGCCUUCUCCCUCAUUUUUCUAAUAUUUAGACUCUGCUUCCGACACUUCGAACUGGAUUUCCUAUCUCAGUUUUCUGACUGAGAAGAGAAGAUGUAACGAUGCCAGCCGGAUGUCGCCGGCGCAACUGUGCCCCGUCCCGGGCCGGGCGGUGAGGGCUCUGCGGGACGGGGUUCGGUGACGGAAGCGAGGCUUAGCCUUGCGCGUUAGAGUACAGAGGGCCUUUUUAAUAAAUAUUAAGCCAGUUAAUGACAUCUACACCUGUGCACUCCCCCGAGGUAAAAAUAAAUGAGUUCUUACAGGUGGUUAUUACAAACCUUAUUUUUAAUACUGAAAUCUGUACCCUAUUUGAAUGUGUGAGUUGUUUGAAAAUGUGAAUACCGUCUGUCACGUGCAGCCUUUUCCCAGGUAUAAAGAAAAUGAACAGCAGGGACGUGAGGACUGGGUUCCCCGCAUCCGUCCCUGACCCCAUCUCCGUCCCGGUCCCGCCUCCACCUCCGCCAGGAGCUGGGCUGAGCCGAGCCAGGCCGCUGACAGCCUGGCGGCUGGGCACCAGGCCCAGCCUGUACUUCUCCCGUUCGGGAGCAGCUGGACUCGGAGGAGCUGUGAUCUCAGCCUUGUUUCCAGAAUAUUUGUUUAAGCUAUUUGUUAAUUAAGAACUCUUUCUACACUUCCGCUCAGCCUGCAGUCAGUCACAGACUGCGGGUUGGGUCCCGGUUGAUUUCUGUGCGCCGAGGCGGCAGCGCACGGGGGAGACUCUGGUUCAGUUUCCGCUGGGCCUGCCUUCUCGGCGACGUUGAGGAGGGGUGGGAGGAGGGGUGCAGUAACGCGCCGUAAGGGUGGACGGAACGGAACACUGAUGCCCCAGAACAAAGCGUGCGCCUUUACACAGCGCUGUUCACUGAUGUUUCACACUUCGUGUGCAAGGGCGUCACACCCGCUGCAGCCUGACGGGGGAGGUCGCAUCGCUCUUCCCAAGGAGUUUACUGACCAGAGCUUAAAUCCCAUUCAAGUUUUUAAUGCAAAGGCUGACUGUGUUGUUUUUCUUGUGGGCUGUAUAUUAAAUUAUUGAAGGAACAGUGAUGAAAGAUAACUUCGCUCCCAAAGCAGUGGGGAAGGCAGUGUUAGGAAAAUGAAGGAAUUUGAAAAGAGGAAAAAAUCCAUGAAGCACCCUGCAUGAGCUCCACGCUUUUCCUUGUCGCCAUCAUUGAAAUUCGCCACCUCUGUGCCCUGGAGGGCUUCGAAGGCCCUGGCCCCGUCCAGUGUCUCUAGCUUCCAUCCUCCGCGGCCCGGAAGCUCAGGUGACUCUUUAACUGGAGGAUCAGGGCAUCCUGAGACUCCUCGGAGUCUGCCCGGGCAUGGGGCCAGGCCCAAGAAGGCGGGUUGGAAAGAAAACCUGUACUCCGGGAAGAAUUUCAACUUGGGUUUUGGUAGCAGCCUUGAAAUACUCUGUAUCGUGCGUUCCACUUGUCCAGUAAUACAUGCAAAAGUGUUUCUGAAAGCUGAAGACCCCGAAGGUGAGAGUGUGAGGCAUCUGGGCACAAACGACGCUUCUGAGUGCUUCUCAUCCCCCUCAGCAAAAUGCACUUUUAGAUUCAGGUCUCCUGCAGUGGUUUCCUGGCUUUAGGGUUCGUUUCGUGUACCAGAAGGGGCCCUUCCGCGUCUGUACCUGGGGUCACCAGGAAUGUGCCAUGACGCCCUAAGCUAGCAGGGCCAUGAGUUGCUCUCCCUUGAAGAGCGAAGUCUCCUGCCGGGUCCGUCUUGGCUCGGGCUUCUGCUGACGAAUGUGAAACGGAAAGCUUUGUUACGAUUUCUUCCACUUGAUGUUCAAGUGUUGGUUUCUCUCCUGUAGUCUUACGUUUCAAGGCUGUUAAAUAAAUGUUUAAAUCGUC